CAGCCCCUGCUGGCUAAAGAAACGGAACCGAACAGGCGAAGAAGGCAAACGUUGAAAGAGCGCGAAGCGGAAUCGAACGAACCGUGCAGUUGUGUUGAGGAGGAAGGUCCAAAUUCUAGUACGAUCGUUACGCCAUGUGACGAAAGCCGGAGGCUUCCGAUGAUGGGCGAGUUGAUACAGUUUCCGAACGAUCCGAGCCCUUAUCCGGCACCGCCGAGGCGGCAUAUUCCGAUCAAUAGAUUUUUCCAGCCGAAAACGGUUCAAACAGUGCCGGAUCCCGUUCUUUCUUCCUGUGAAAAGUGCGAACGUGAAGAAGAAGAAGAAGAACACGUUGUGCAAGAGCAAACGGAACAAAAAGCUAUUGCCACUACGGGUGGACCAACCUGCCCGCCACCACCACCACCGCCCCCGAAACCAUCCUACACGGGUUACAUACUCGGUGCGAUCGCCCUCACAGCCGGUGGCCUUGGCCUUGCGUACUACAACGGUCUCUUCGAUGGACCACCACCACCAACCCCCGUAGACGACACAAAGGAAGAUGCAGACCGAAAGAAGCGCACCUAUCCCGCUUCCUCCAAGGAUCUUCCCAAGCACGUCCCUUACCUGCUAGUCGGUGGCGGAACGGCUAGUAUUGCCGCGUUCCGUGCGAUCCGUGUACACGACCCGAAAGCAAAGGUGAUGAUGAUUACCAACGAGCUCGAAAUGCCCUACAUGCGUCCACCGCUCUCGAAGGAGCUGUGGUUUAACUCGACCGAAGCGGAGCCGCUCAAAUUCCGCCAGUGGAACGGUAGCGAACGAAGCAUCUUCUACGAGCCGAACGAUUACUACAUCGAUCCGAGCAAGCUGAGCGACGCACCGAACGGCGGCGUGGCUGUGGCACGCGGCUACGAAGUGCACCGGCUGGACGUGGUCAACCGGAAAGCGAUCCUCACCGACGGUACGGAAAUAUCGUACGACAAGUGUUUGAUCGCAACCGGAGCGAGGCCCAAGAAUUUGCCCAUCUUUGAAUCGGCACCACGGGCUGUGCGGGAACGUGUUACGCUUUUCAAGAGUGUGUACGAUUUUGAGCAGCUCUCAUCACAGCUACAGGAUGGCAACCGGGUAGCGAUCGUGGGGGGAGGCUUCCUCGGGAGCGAGCUGGCCUGUGCACUUUCCAAGUCGGAACAAACGCGCAAGAAAAAGGUGGAAGUGUUCCAGCUGUUCCACGAGGGCGGCAAUAUGGCCAAGGUGCUGCCCGAGUAUCUGAGCAGCUGGACGACGGAACGGUUGCGCGAAGAGGGCGUUAAGGUGUGGCCAAAGACGCAAGUGAAGGCGGUCGAAAUGCAAGGCUCGAAACUGAAGCUUACGCUCAUGGAUGACAGUGUGCUGCUGGUGGACCGGGUCAUCGUUGCGGUCGGCUCGGAACCGAACACAGAUCUAGCCAAAACGUCCGGGCUGGAGGUGGACAGCAAGAAUGGAGGAUUUUUGGUCGAUGCCGAGCUGCGUGCCCGAUCGAACGUGUUUGUGGCCGGGGAUGCGGCCUGCUUCUACGAUACAAAGUUCGGACGGCGAAGGGUAGAACAUCACGAUCAUGCCAUCGUUUCUGGACGGCUGGCGGGAGAGAAUAUGGUUGGACUAAAUAAACCCUACACACAUCAGAGCAUGUUCUGGUCGGAUCUUGGCCCUCGGAUUAGCUACGAAGCGAUCGGGCUAAUUGAUUCUUCCCUUCCAACGGUGGCCGUGUUUGCGAAACGAACAGCAGAGGAAAUGUCCCGAGCGUCAGCGGCGGCGGCGGCAGCCGUUACCGCCGGCAGCACUGACUCGGAAAAGCUGCAGGCAGCCAACGCUAACGUGAAUGUGGACGUGAAAAACGUGCCCGCUGCAGGAGAGCCAGCGAAAGAACAAAGCAAAGAACAGCAGGAGCCGGAAGAUAGCUUCGACAAGGGUGUAAUAUUUUACCUACGAGAUAAGAAGGUGGUCGGUCUGGUGCUGUGGAACGUGUUUAAUCGUAUGGGAACGGCGAGAAAGAUUCUGGACCAGCACACCGAAUACGACGAUCUCAAUGAGGUGGCGAAACUGUUCAAUCUGCACGAUCGACGCACGGAGAGCGAGGAGCUUGAAGCGGCGGAGCAAUAGUCAGUAUGGGAAGUUGUUUAACAGCGCACAUUGAAGCGCAGUCUGAAGGUCCGGGCUUGCGGGAGGGAAGGAAGUAUUGUUAAAAUCGAACAGUAGUGGACAAGCAUUUGCGAUAAUAAUGUACGGUUAAGCUUAAAGAAAUACAAAUUCCCGUGUUCACACCGAUAGGCGUACAUAUUACAUA